GUUGCUUUGUUUGCCGGUGUGGGACACUUUUCAAAGUUGGGCUUCCGCUCCAACCUGCCCGAGAGAGAACAGAUUUCCACAGCUUUGUUGUGCUAUGGGUGGAGCAGAUUCUUCGUCUUCAGGGACCAGAAUGCCACUUCAGUUGAAAUGUAUUCCACGAUCUUGAAUAUCCUCAGCCCACAUUUCAGAAAUUAAUGAAAGAACAAUGGAUUGAACCUUUUUGUAUUCCAGCCAAUGCAGGUCUUUUGUGUUGGUUUGUGGUAUUUGCAUGAAUACUGGUACUAUAGUUUGCUCACCUUAUUUAUGCUGUUUAUGUUUGAAUCAACAAUGGCCAAGAGCCGUUUAAAGACACUCUCUGUGCUUAGACGUGUCACGUGUGAGAGUUGAAAGCGAGCCUUUGAUGGCGCAUCGUUGUGGCAAGUGGGUAAAAUUAUCUGGAACCGACCCAGUGCCUGGAGAUGUGGUGUCUAUUGGUCGUUCUGUUGGUCAAAGUGGAGAAGACAAGAAUGUGCCAGCUGACAUGCUUUUGCUAGCUGGAAGUGCUAUUGUGAAUGAAGCUAUACUUACUGGUGAAUCGACUCCCCAGUGGAAGGUUUCAAUCAUGGGUAGAGGAUCUGAUGAGAGAUUAUCAGCUAGACGAGAUAAAGCUCAUGCCCUUUAUUGGGGAACAAAGAUUUUGCAGCACACACCAGAUAAGACAUAUCACAUAAAGAUCCCUGAUGGUGGUUGCUUGGCAGUUGUUCUAUGAACUGGAUUUGAGACUAGCCAAGGAAAAUUGAUGCGUUACUGCUAACAGCUGGGAAAGUGGGCUACUCAUUCUCUUUUUGUUUGUAUUUGCACUGAUUGCCGCUGGCUAUGUUCUUAUAAAGAAACUAGAAACCAGUGAUUUUCUACGGAGGCAUUCUUUUCCGUCAUAAUUUUGAUCGUCCCUGUUAGGGUUUAUGACUUUCAAGGAUUUCACCCUAGCAGAAGCAUCUUCACUCAAUUUAUUCCAUGGUGAGCUCUUGCUUCUUCUUUUUUGUCAUACAUUUAGAUUCAAUAACUAAUUGCUGAGUCG